CCCUCGGUUGUCGUCGUCGUCGUCUUGACUCCUCCUCGUCGGCGCGAUCAGCCCCGGUCUUUUAUCCUCUGCGUAAAUCGCGGCGUGAAUUAUGUGCCGGUCGCGCCGGGAUGGCCACCAGGUCGAUCGAUUCUCUCGCGCUCGCAUUCGCGCCCGCGCUCGCUCGCUCGCGCGCGUGCGCGCGCGCUGAAGAUGAGGUUAAGUCUCGGUCUCGCGUGCGGCCACGGGGAGCAGCGAGCCAUCAAGCAACGAGUAUAACGACACGUCUUCGCCUCUCGCGGCGGACGGCCGCGCGCGAGUAAACCGCACGGACAGGCGUACCGUCGAAGCAGCGUCUUGCGUUACGUGGCACGACGUCGUCGUCGUCGCCGUCGGUGACGUCCUCGGCGUCGAGCGUCGUCGCGUCUCUUCCGAAGCGAGUCUGCCUGCCUGGCUGCCACCGUCGCCCGCCAGAGAUAUCGACCGGCCGGUCACGAGACACGCGAGUUCGCAAAAAUGAGACGAGUACCGCAGCGUGACAGACCACGGCGAGGACACCGAGUGAACAUCUUUCGAAUUUCGAGAACGACACGUGGCCAGACGCGCAUACGCGGCAGUUAUAAUCGCGAGAAGACUGACAUUCAAUCGCCGGCAAGAAUGUGCGGAAUUUGGGCUUUAUUCGGACUGGACACGCAACCGUUGACCUGCAUCUGUGAGAAUUUCGAUAAAAUAUCGCACCGUGGUCCAGAAGCUUUCAAAAUAGAGUUUGAUAAUAGAGUCAAGAAUGGAUACCUAGGAUUUCACAGAUUGGCCAUCGUCGAUGGUCUUUAUGGAAUGCAGCCGAUGAGGAUAUGCAAAUAUCCGCAUCUCUUCCUCCUGUGUAAUGGGGAGAUAUACAAUUACAAAAAAUUGCAAAAAGAACAUGAUUUUGAAUAUAUCACGAAGUGCGACGUGGAAGCACUCAUGCAUGUGUAUGCUUAUGCCGGCGCUAACAGCGUUGCUCAAUCUCUGGAUGGUGUAUUUGCAUUUUGCCUGAUGGACGUUUCGGACAGAAAGAUAUUAAUAGGCAGAGACCCAUAUGGUGUACGACCAUUGUUUAAAUUACAUUCGGACGAUGGACAACUGGCUAUCUCUUCAGAAAGCAAAGGUCUGAUGGCGAUAUCGAAACAUAUAAGUGGCAAAUGGGUGCUAGAGCCUUUUCCACCAGGGCACUACGAGAUAUAUGAUAUUUUGCAUGAUGGUCGAACAAAGCUGGUAGAAAGUUGUCAUUAUCACAAACCUGGUGACAAGCCUUCUUUUCACACAUAUGUCCCUUGGGAUGCCUUAACUCCAAAUGAUGUUUAUACCAACAUCCGAAAGUUGCUUUCAGCAGCAGUUGAGAAACGAUUGAUGGCCGAUAGGCGGAUAGGUUGCCUAUUGUCGGGUGGAUUAGAUUCCAGCUUGGUUGCUGCUUUGCUGAUGAAACAUGCAAAGGAACACAAUCUACAAUACAAAAUACAGAGCUUUGCAAUAGGUAUGGGCGACAGUCCAGACAUUGUUGCGGCUAGACAGGUUGCGGACUAUAUCGGAACUGAGCAUCAUGAAAUUAUCUUCACGCAGCAAGAUGUGAUUGAUGUAUUGGACAAAGUUAUAUAUUCUUUAGAAACCUACGAUAUAACUACCAUUCGCGCUUCUGUUGGAAUGUACCUCAUUUCGAGAUAUAUAAAACAAAAUACAGAAACAACUGUGAUCUUUAGUGGAGAAGGCGCAGACGAAGUAGCACAAGGCUAUAUUUACUUCAGAGAUGCACCUAACGCAGUAGACGCGCAUAAGGAAUCUCUUAGAUUAUUACAAGAUAUAUAUUUGUACGAUGGUUUAAGAGCGGAUAGAACAACUAGUGCUUUUAGUUUGGAGCUCAGAGUUCCGUUUUUAGAUCUUCAAUUCACCAACUAUUAUUUGUCAUUAAACGCUAAUAGCAGGCAACCACAAAAUGGAAUUGAAAAACAUUUGUUAAGAUCUGCAUUUGAUGGAACUAAUUUAUUACCCAAAAAUAUACUUUGGAGACAUAAAGAAGCAUUCAGUGACGGCGUCGCUUCUAUAAAGAAAUCUCUUUUCCAAAUAAUUCAAGAAAUAGUGGAAGAUCGUGUUUCUAACGAAGAUUUGGAGAAUGCUUACAUCAAAUAUCCUCAUUGCACGCCAAGAACAAAAGAAGCGUACUAUUACAGAAAUGUCUUUGAAUCGCAUUACGAGGGCCAAGCGGAAAGUUUCACUCCUUACUUUUGGAUGCCACGUUGGGUGAAAGGCAUCUCCGAUCCAUCUGCACGAUUUAUUAAACAUUAUGCUGCAAACGAUGAAAAAGAUAAACUGACAACUAUUUGAAAAAGAAAAAAUAUAUUAAAAAACCAAAGAAGGAAAAACCUCUUUUAAGAAGUAAAAGGAUCAAUUAAGUAAUAAAUCAGGAAUAUAAAUAAUUAUCAUCUAGCAGAUAUUUUGAUGCUUUAGAUAUAAGUUUUGGAAAUAAUAAAUAUUAUAUGCAACAAAUUUAAAAGUUUAAAUAGGCCUUGUUUCAAUGUACUAUCACUGAAAAUCUGUAGUUCAAUUAUUUAUACUUUUAGUCUAGUAAUAAACUUUUCUAGUCUAAUUAAA